UCCAACUUGUUGACAUACAAAAGUAGUGUAACAAAUUUUAAAAAAUGAAUGAAAUUAACAAAGAAAACAUUGUAAUGAAAAUUGGAAAAGUGCAAAUAUGUUUACAUUAUCGCUGAAAGUUUCUAUUGUUCGUAUAAAACUUACUGGGUGUGUGUAAUAUAAGUGUUAUUUUUGUGUAAAAUAGUUUCGACAGUCUUAAGAAAUUACCAUCAUGAUAUUUAUUUUCAUCUUUAUUUCAAUGCCCUUCAUUUCUGCUUUAACUCUUCCCGGACCUCCUACGAAUGUCAAAGUGUCUGAAAUCACAGCCACGUCUGUCAGACUGACUUGGUCCUACAAUGGUCCAGAAGAUUUGCAAUAUUAUGUUAUACAGUUUAAGCCGAAAUACGCGAAUCAGGCUUACAGCGAAAUUAGCGGCAUCAUCACCAUGUACUAUUCUGUGAGGAAUUUGAGUCCCUAUACAGAAUACGAGAUGUACGUGAUCGCAGUGAAUAACAUUGGAAGGGGCCCACCGAGUGCGCCUGCGGUCGUCACUACAGGAGAAACAGAACCCGGGACGGCCCCUAGAAAUGUUCAAGUGCGACCAUUGAGCUCCAGCACCAUGGUGAUACAAUGGGACGAACCCGAAACUCCCAAUGGCCAAGUUACAGGUUAUAAAGUAUACUACACGACGAACGCACAACAACCUAUGGCUCAAUGGGAAUCCCAAGUCGUAGAUAACAAUCAGUUAACAACAAUCAGUGAGCUCACGCCUCACACUAUUUAUACUAUUCGCGUUCAGGCUUAUACUUCCGUUGGUCCUGGACCACUGAGCGCCCCAGUUCAUGUAAAAACUCAACAAGGUGUUCCGAGCCAACCCAGUAACCUGAGGACGUCAGACAUUGGCGAAAGUUCUGUUACCCUACAGUGGACCAAACCGAGUCAUUCCGGUGAAAAUAUAGUUAGUUACGAACUGUAUUGGAACGACACGUACGCCAAAGAAAAACACCAUCGGCGCAUACCGAUUUCAGAGACUUACACGUUAACAGGGUUGUAUCCGAACACGCUGUAUUACGUGUGGUUGGCCGCCAGAUCUCAAAGAGGCGAGGGGGCCACCACCCCUCCGAUACCCGUUCGAACGAAGCAAUAUGUACCUGGAGCCCCUCCCACCAACGUUAUCGGAGAAGCGGUAAGUCCCACAGCCAUCAGCGUAUCGUGGGACCCCCCACCCGCCAAUCGUACCAAUGGUAAUAUCAUUUACUACAAGCUGCAGUUCGUGGAAUCAGAUCGAUCAGAUAGCGAGGCUAACAUUAUCAAAUUUAAUGGUACUAGUAUUGUUCUUGACGAGCUAAAACGGUGGACGACGUACAGGAUAUGGGUGCUAGCCGGUACUUCCGUUGGAGAUGGUCCCAGUUCGUAUCCCAUCACAGUGCGAACACACGAAGAUGUGCCCGGCGAUCCUCAAGAUGUCAAGGUGACACCUAUUAACUCUACUACUAUCAAAGUUAAUUGGAAACCUCCUCAGACAAGGGACAGAAACGGGAUCAUUUUAGGGUAUCACGUACACGUCCAAGAAACUAAAGAAGAGGGAAAAAGUUUUUUUAACGAACCGAUGAAAUACGACGUUUUUGGAGAUUCACUUCUAGAAUUGAAUGUCACUGGACUGCAACCGGAUACCAUGUACUCCAUCCAAGUAGCAGCGCUUACCAGAAAGGGGGACGGUGACAGAAGUACUCCUGUAAACGUUCGCACACCUGGCGGUGUUCCAAAUAGACCAGCGCUAACGCUAAAAAUAAUUGAACGAGAACCUACGGUCACUAUUGAAUUGGAGUGGUCUAGACCAUCCCAAACGUAUGGAGAAUUAAAAGGGUACAGGUUGCGAUAUGGAGUGAAAGAACAAUUGUUAAAGGACGUUCCUCUUAAAGGAACCCACACCAGUUAUCGUAUUAACGAUCUCGAAAGAGGUGUUGAUUACGAAUUUAGAGUAGCUGGUCAAAAUCACAUAGGCAUAGGUCAGGAAGCCAUUAAGUACAUGAAAACCCCGGAAGGUCCACCUACCGGUCCUCCGACCAAUAUUACAUCUCAUUUCCAAACCCCGGACGUCGUAUGCAUUUCUUGGAACCCUCCUAGCAGGGAGCAUCGUAAUGGUCAAAUUAUAAAAUACGACAUUCAAUUUCACAAGAAAUCCGACCACAGCAAUAUAAUAACCCGCAACGUUUCCAAUACCAAAGCCGUGUUUACAAAUUUAGAAGAAAAUACCGAAUACGCUUUCCAUAUUAAAGCGUAUACGAGUCAAGGAGCUGGUCCGAAUAGCGAGAAAUAUUCCGUACAAACCGAAAGAGACAUCGGAAGAGCGCCGAUGUCUGUAAAAGCCGUGGCCACUUCAGAUUCCAGCGUCGAAGUAUGGUGGGAACCGGUACCCUCCAGGAACAAAGUCAUAGGAUACAAAAUAUUCUACACUAUGACAGCCGUCGAGGACUUAGACGAAUGGCAGCAAAAAACCGUCGGCCUCACCGAAUCAGCCGAUUUAGUCAAUCUAGAAAAGUACGCUCAAUACGCCAUAGCCGUGGCAGCUAGAAUGAAGAAUGGUCUCGGUAGAUUAUCCGAAAAGGAAUUAGUGAAAGUUAAACCCGAAGACGUACCAUUGAAUUUACGAGCGCACGAAGUUACCACGCAUUCGAUGACGUUAUCUUGGUCACCACCCAUCAGGCUGAAUCCCAUCAAGUACAAAAUAUCCUUCGACGCGAUCAAAGAGUUCGUCGAUUCCCAGGGAAUCACCCAAACGCAAAACAUACCCCGAGUCGAAAUAAAAUUAGAUUCUGACGUUAGAUCGCACACCAUUAACGAGCUAUCGCCGUUUACCACGUACAACGUAAACGUCAGCGCGAUACCCACGGAUAAUUCCUAUCGACCGCCUACCAAGAUAACCGUAACGACACAAAUGGCGGCGCCGCAACCCAUGGUCAAACCGGAUUUCUACGGCGUAGUGAACGGCGAAGAAAUCCACGUUAUUCUACCGCAAGCUUCGGAAGAGUACGGUCCAAUCAGCCACUAUUAUCUAAUCGUUGUUCCCGAAAACAAGAUGACAAUCCAGAAAAACCCCGACCAAUUUUUAACUGACGAACUAAUCGGCAACAUCGAUAAGAUUCCCGAUAAUUCCGAUCUUCCUUAUAUAGCCGCUAAAUUUCCUCAAAGGAAUAUUCCUUACACUUAUCAUUUAGGUACCGGCGAAAGUAACGAUGGGUACGUCAAUUACAAGUUAGAGCACGGAAAGCGCUACAGGAUAUUCGUAAGAGCUGUGGUGGACACCCCGCAGAAGCACCUAUACACCAGCAGUCCGUUCUCCCAAUUUCUAUCACUGGAUAUGCGCGAAGUGCCACCCGGAGAUCCACCGCGCAGACCUAACCCCAACACCGACAUCGUCAACGACGUUAAGGUUAGCUCGCAAGAGAAAGAAGCGGAAGUAUUCAAAAUCAUCGGACCAAUAAUAGCAGCGCUGGUGCUGUCAGCGUUGCUCGUAGUAUUAUUCGUAAUCAGGAAGAGGAGACAGCCUUGUAAGACUCCCGAUCAGACCGCUGUGACCCGGCCUCUGAUCCAACCAGAUUUGAACGCUAGCAUCGCUCCUAGUGAUCCGGUUGAGAUGCGUAGAUUGAACUUCCAGACGCCGGCGAUGAUUUCCCAUCCGCCUAUACACAUUACCGAUCUGGCUAAUCAAAUCGAACGACUCAAAGGAAAUGAUAAUAUUAAAUUCGCUCAAGAGUAUGAGAGCAUAGAGCCGGGGCAGACGUUCACGUGGGACCAUUCCAAUAUGGAGGUUAACAAGCCGAAAAAUCGCUACGCGAACGUUAUCGCUUACGAUCACAGUAGGGUGAUUUUACCCAGCGAAGGUGGCGUUUUGGGUACCGACUACAUUAACGCGAACUACUGCGAUGGGUACAGGAAACACAACGCUUACGUCGCCACUCAGGGACCUUUACCGGAAACGUUCGCAGAUUUUUGGCGUAUGAGCUGGGAACUGAAAUCCUCUGUCAUAGUUAUGAUGACCAAACUGGAAGAGCGUACUAGGAUCAAGUGCGAUCAAUAUUGGCCGACUCGCGGUACCGAAACUUAUGGCAGCAUGAACGUGACGACCACUGAAGUACAAGAAUUGGCUACGUAUUCGAUUAGAACUUUCCAGAUCCAUAAGGAGGGUCAUACGGACAGAAGAGAAAUCAAGCAGUUGCAGUUUACUGCCUGGCCGGAUCACGGAGUGCCGGAUCAUCCAGCGCCGUUUUUGCAGUUUUUGAGGAGAGUAAGGAGUCUGAAUCCUCCAGAUGCUGGACCGAUUAUUGUGCAUUGUUCGGCCGGAGUGGGUAGAACAGAUUUGUAUUUAGGUUGCUUCAUAGUGAUCGACUCGAUGUUAGAACGUCUGCGCCAUGAAAAAACUGUCGACAUCUACGGCCAUGUGACCUGUCUACGCGCCCAGCGCAACUACAUGGUCCAAACUGAAGACCAGUACAUUUUCAUCCACGAUUCCUUAAUGGAGGCGUACAUUUGCGGCCUGACUGAGGUCCCGGCCAGAAAUCUACACUCGCAUAUCCAGAAAUUGAUGCAGCUCGAACCGGGCGAGAACAUAUCCGGCAUGGAACACGAAUUCAAGAAACUGAGCAACAUUAAGACUGAUUCUACACGCUUCGCCACGGCGAACCUGCCUUGUAAUAAGCACAAAAACCGUUUGGUACAUAUCUUGCCGUUCGAGAGCACUAGGGUGUGCUUGACGCCGCUAAGGAAUAUAGAGGGUUCCGAUUAUAUCAAUGCCAGCUUUAUCGAUGGCUAUCGAUAUAGAAAAGCGUAUAUCGCUACUCAAGGCCCCAUGGCCGAUACGACUGAUGAUCUUUGGAGAAUGUUGUGGGAGCACAAUUCCACCAUUGUCGUUAUGUUGACGAAACUCAAGGAAAUGGGAAGGGAGAAAUGCCAUCAGUAUUGGCCCAGCGAACGUUCCGUCAGAUACCAAUGCUUCGUCGUCGAUCCGAUAGCCGAAUACAAUAUGCCCCAAUACAUUCUAAGAGAAUUCAAAGUGACUGAUGCCAGAGACGGUUCGUCUAGAACAAUAAGGCAGUUUCAAUUCACCGAUUGGCCCGAACAAGGCGUUCCAAAAUCCGGAGAUGGAUUCAUCGACUUUAUUGGUCAGGUCCAUAAGACUAAGGAACAGUUUGGGCAAGACGGUCCAAUCACUGUACACUGCAGUGCUGGCGUUGGCAGAACUGGAGUGUUUAUUACUUUAAGCAUCGUCCUAGAAAGAAUGCAAUAUGAAGGAGUCGUGGAUGUAUUCCAAACGGCUAGGAUAUUGAGAACCCAACGACCAGCCAUGGUACAAACGGAGGAUCAGUACCAGUUUUGUUACCGAGCCGCACUGGAGUACCUAGGCUCCUUCGAUCACUACACUAACUAAUCAAUAUUCUCGUAAGGAAAUUCUCCAUUUUUUUGACGCGCGUUUAUGCAUAUUGCAUAUUUUUACUGCCAAAUUGGAUAAUAUUAAUUUCACAGGAACAAACAAACAAAAAAAAUUAGAGCUGUAUUUAAUUAAACAAGUGAUUAGUGAAACAAAUCUUAGGACUAGCGUGCAAAUGUGUGUAAAAUAUGUGCCUAAUGUAUAUGUGGAAAAAAAAAGAAAUGUCAGAAUUUAUAUUUAUUUUGAUCACGAGAUGUCUAGCAAUGUGUCAUUUGUAAAAAGAUUUUUGAGACGAUUAUGUGGCUCGUUUGCAUUUAAUUUGUGUUAAUAAUAAUGAUAUAUAUGCAUACAUGUAAUUAGGUACUUAAAUUUUGCGACGCUGACGAAUUAUUUCGUAUCGAAAAGGGUUAGCCGCAUUAGAUUUAAAAAUGAGCGGUUUGCAGACUGGUAUAAACCGAAGUUCAAUGUAUACAUUCUGGUAGUUCCGCAUAAUAAUUAUCGUUCCAAAAAAUGUGUUGAGAUAUCGGAAAAGAAUGCUACCUAUAGAUAAAACGCAUAUUACAACUUAUUCAUUUAUAUUUUUGAUAUAAAAAACAUGUUUGGGUCAGAAAAGCAAAAAACGAGUUAUUGAAAACUUUGGCGCCCUCUACUGUUUGGAUUUAUUAUUAUAGAAUAGCGACCCAAUGGGAUAAAUUUUAAAAAAUAUUAUUGACUACAACUUUUGUAUGAAACAUUUCCUUCUCCGACACAUAAUUUUCAUAAUAAAAUUCAAUUUAAAAAAAAAUAUAACAGUGCCAAGAGGGGA